AUGUGUGACAAAGGUACGCGUAUUAUUAUUGGAUGGAAUGUGGAUAAUGUGGAUAUUGUGGUAGUGCACGCUACUAGCCAAGUUGUUCAUACUCAAGUUCACUUCAAGAAAGAUAAAACUAUGAUAAAUGUGUCGUUUGUUUAUGCUAGUAACAAUGACCGGGAGAGAAAACUUCUGUGGGACGCUUUAAAAGUGCAUAAAAGGGCAGUUCACUCGAGUCCUUGGAUUAUAAUUGGUGAUUUCAAUGUGGUUCUAAACCUUGAGGACAAGUGUGCUGGCACUUCUGGAGUUAGUUCGGCCAUGAGGGAUUUUAAUGAGUGCGUGAACGACAUUGAAGUGUUGGAUAUUAGAGCUCAUGGGAUGCAUUUUACAUGGAACCAACAGCCCAAAGAUGGGAUUGGUGUUCGGAGGAAGCUGGAUAGAGUUAUGGGGAAUAUAAGCUUUGUAGAUAAGCAAUUUUUGGAUGUGGUUAGAGAGGGGUGGGCCGAAGAGGUGAUGGGUGUUCCAAUGUUUCGAGUCGCUAAGAAGUUGAGAAAUCUCAAACAUCCUUUUAGAGUGUUGCUGAAAAAGCAAGGUAACAUCCAUAAAAAAGUUAGUGAUUUGAAGAGUGAGCUGGAAGAUCUCCAAAAGCAAUUAGAUGCUGAUCCGUUUAAUAAUAGCUUGAAAGAAGCUGAAGCUCAUUGUGUUAAAAAGUUCUGGGAGGCCUCGUUGGAUGAGGAAAGAUUCUUGAAGCAAAAAGCCAAGCAAAAGUGGCUAGAAGCUGGUGACGCGAAUACAGCUUAUUUCCAUAACGUCGUGAAAUGCAGGAACCAUAUAAACAAAAUAAAUAUCAUCAAAGAUGCGGCUGGGAAUACCUAUGAAGAUACCGAAGUCUCUACGGCAUUGGUGAACCACUUUCGUGAUUUUCUGGGAUCGGAUGGAGGUAUGGUAAGUAGAAUCACUCAUGACGUUUUUUCGACUACUCUUAACCCGAUAGUGGCGGAGCAUAUGUGCAGGCCUGUGACUCCGGAUGAAGUUAAAGCUGCAAUUUUUUCUAUUAAUGAAAACAAGGCUCCGGGUCCGGAUGGUUUCACUUCUGAAUUCUAUAAAAAAGCUUGGGAUAUUGUUGGAGCUGAGGUUACGGCAGCUAUUAUUGAUUUUUUUGAAUCGGGAUCACUGCCCGUGUAUUCUUAA